AAAAAACAUAGUAUCAAAAUCACCAAUCACCAUCAUGCAUACAAGAAAUUGGCCCCCCAAAGGCCCUUAAUAGCAUUCUGGAGUACACUAGUUCUGCACACUUGUUUCAUACAUACAUGGCAAGAGUGCACCCUCAGGUGGUUGCUAAUUCCACUUCAACCAAACAAGAAGUGUUCACUGUCUGGAUGAAGUCUCUGAUCCUCGGCAGCAACGGCUGCGCUGUCUUCGAUUCAGACGGUGAAAUCGUGUACCGGGUGGACAACUAUUGUCACAAAUCCAGCAACCAAGUGUAUGUCAUGGAUGCUACAGGCAAAGUGUUGUUCACGAUAGUUAAGAAGAAAUUCUCUGUGGUUGGGCUGUGGGAGGGCUACAGAUCAAGAGGCGGCAGAUGUGUUAAGAACAAGGAAAACUUGGGAUUUCGAGUGAGGAAACUGGUGGGGAUCAGAAUGAUUCUUGGACUUCUUACAGGGUAUUGGCCUUACAAGGUUGUGGUGAGACUGAGCCAAGACCAAACAUGUGAAUAUGUUAUGGAAACUCAUGUUUCCAGGCCAUGUUGCAAGAUUGUUGACAACUCCGGAGGGCUUGUUGCCGAGGUGAAAAGAAAGAUAAGUAAAAGUGGAGUUGUUCUUGGAGAAGAUGUGUUGACAAUGGUGGUAGAGCCUAACAUUGAUCAUUCUCUGAUCAUGGGUCUGGUGGUUGUUUUUGGUCUCAUCAACCAUAAAUUGUGAAGCAAUCGGUCUGAUCAGAAAUACCAGGAUACUUCUGCAGGAAUCAUGGACUAAUUACGAUGAGUUGAAGUAGUUGGUGUCAUGAUAUAUGACAAAACUCAGAAUUUUUGUCAAAGGAGGAUGAGCAAUUACAGCAAAUUAAAGAAGAGGAGCAAGAACAAGAACAAAACUAAUAGAAGAACUAGGACUAGUAUAUUUGAGAACUCCCCUUGUAAUCUUCUCCAACUUGCAGCUUUUAAAUUUCAGAUUAACAUAAUCUUUCACUAAUUGUAUGCAAAACUUAAGCCACCGUGCUAAUUUGGAUCGAAGCUGGAUAACUUUGGGUUAAUUAUA